UCUUCUCUCUUCUCCCCUUUCGGCUUCUUGCUAGAUUUUCUCCUUUUUCCACCCUCAUACCUUAGAGCUCGUUUCUGUUUCUUUUUGUUUCUAGGCGCCUGAUAGAAUACGAUCUAUCAUGGCAGCCCAGGACCCGAAUGCACCUACCGACAGCAAUGGCGAGGCUCUGGUGGUCACCGUUGCCGCGAUGUUGACGCUCUCGUGGCUAUCUGUAUUCUUACGCUCAUACGUGCGUGCGAGGUUGACGAAUGGGUUCCAAUGGGAUGACUGGAUCAUGUUGGUUGCUCAGGCGAACUACACCGUCUCCUGCGCCCUAAUCCUCUGGGGCGUGCGCGAAGGGCUAGGCAGACACAACCGCUCGCUGGACCAGCACCACGAGAUCCGCGCGCUUCAGGCGCAGGCCCUCGCGACCGCGACCUACAUCCCGAACAUGUGGCUGAUCAAGGUUAGCAUCGGGAUCUUCCUGCUACGGCUCGCGUCCGAGAAGCGGCGGUACCGCUACACCAUCUACGGGACGCUGUUCGUCGUCAGCGUCUGGAGCAUCGUGCUCUUCUUCUGGAACAUCUUCCAGUGCAACCCCGUCGCCGCGCAGUGGGACUACACGCUACUCAAAAACCCGAGGAACCACUGCGUCUCGGCCGACGAGAUCGUGAACGCGGCGUAUGCGCUCAGCGUCAUGAAUAUACUGACGGAUUGGCUGUACGCGCUGCUGCCGAUCCCAAUGCUCUGGAGGGUUAAGAUGACGGCGCAGGCGAAGCUGACGGUGAUUGUGAUUUUGGGGCUGGGAGUUUUCGCGAGCGUCGCGACGCUGGUGAGGAUUAAGUUCUUGGCUGAUCUUACGGAUCUGGCAGAUAUUCUGCAUGCCGGCACCGACGCCAUGGUAUGGACCCUAGUCGAACCCGGCGUCGCCAUCAUCGCCUCCAGCCUCGUGACCAUACGCCCCCUCCUCCGCCUCUGGAAGGUGAAAGGCUUCGGCUCAACCGGAGAAAGCCGCAUCACGAACCCGUUCAGCAAAAACCACCCAGCCUCGCGCACGAACCGAUCGAAGAAGACGCCCGCCUUCGAAUCCACCGACGAAACCCUCGUUGACGUCGAGUCCGGAAGCCAGGCCAGGAACGUGGUCAUCCCCCUAUCUAUCCUACCGUUUAGGGGCACCAUCCACCGGUCCCUAUCUCUUUCCGAUGCCGGGAGCAUGAUGAGUCGAAGCUCGCGGUCACAGUCCUCAUCCGAUACCCGAGCCCAGCGAUCCCGCUCCAUCUCCGACGUCGAAACGCUAGCCGGCAGCAAGAGCUCCCGUUCCCGGCCAACGCACAACAACAACAUGUCAAUGCUAUUCGAAGCGCCCAGCGAAGACGACGAGCGAUCACGUUACGAUUUCGGUUUCGAGUCCCGGAGUCCUACAUCCACUACUUCUAACAACCGAUCACUCCUACGCCGCGACGACGCGAAAAGCGAGAUCUUAUUCAUCGAGGGCAACGUGACUCCCGUGCCGCCUACACCACCGCUACCGCUCCGUCUUCAGGGACAGGGGGGGACGUGGCUGCUGGAGCAGGAGCAGGGGUCGUCCAAUGAGGAUCUGGGUCUCGGGCUCGGGAGGACGAGGUCGACGCUGUCGAGUAAGGCGAGCAACGCGAGUUUGAUCGUGAAGCCAUUGCCGCGGUUGCCGGCGCCGUCGCCGUAUCAGCGGUGGAAGAUGGGACAGGGGCAGAGUCGGCGGCCGCGGUGACAACAGCCAUAUCUGAUGGAUAUUGUCGUGGCCAAUUCUACGAUAAAGGAGCAAAACUACCGAUCUCGGUGUCGCAACAAACGACAUCGAAACAUUACACUUACACUUCUCUUAACACUUUUUUUACACACUUAUAUUCUUUUGUUCGAUUCCAUACAUACAUCUAUCUAUCUAUCUAGAAGUGCGAAUACGGGAUCUCACAGGGACCCGAGAGAUACCCCCUAACGGCCGAAAAAGCUCAGGCAGGUUGAGCUAUAUACCAUAUACCUACUAUAUUGGGCAGGAGACAGGUAAAGGGAGUUAUAGGGGGAAAAGAAAAGAUGGGUAUAUACCAUUGGCUAUUGAACACGUCUAGCCUAGGCCAAAGGGGUAUUGGGGGUUUGCUUUGUUGUCUUGUCUUUAUUACCGUUCGCUAAAGGAGACCUUUGGGGAGAAAGUUCGCCGAGGGAGGGCAGCACCUAGAUUUCUUGUUUAUUCGUUUUCGCUGGCAAGGCGUUGGAGGAUUGGGGGCUUGGGGGUAAAUAAAGGGGUCAGGAAAGUCCCAAGGUUUGGGUUGGGUUGGGUUGGUUUAGGUACUAGGUACCUAGGUAUCAUUCUUCGAGAGUCUCAGUAACUACAUGUAUACAUAACUUACUAUGUACAUACUGG